AAAACGUCAAACGCAAACGUCAAGUGUUCGUUGUUGAUCGCUUGUUGUGAAACUGCGAUUAAUUUUAUAUUUUACAAACUACUUUUUGACUUGAGUAAGUGCUAAAAAUGACUGCAAAGAUCGACCAGAAAGCUUAUUUACAGAAGUAUUUAACUGGAUCGUCAUGUGACAAAAAGAAAAAGAAGAAAAAGGUCGUGAAAGGCAAAGGAAUCAAAUUAAUUGAUGAUGACAUAGACUUGUCCAAGCUCCGUCCCCUGGACGGUGAUGAGUUGGACAUGUUGGAUGGCGGCGAGGAUGCCCCGCAGAUUGCCGGCAUUAUCGAUGAGAGGCCCGAGGAGGUGCGGAAGAUGGAACAGUUUAAGACUAGCUCCAAGUGGAAAGUUGUUAAUCAGGAUGAUGGUUUCAACAGUAGACUACAAGUACAAGAAAUAAAAAGAGACAUCAAAGAGAAAGAGAAGGAAAAUGAACUAAUUUUCGGUAAAAUGUACAGUGAUUCUGAAGACGAAAAAGAAUCAGAAAAAAAUAACUCGGAGACUAAAGAUAAAGGUUCUAAAAAGGCUCAAAAUAGCGAUAGUGAUAUUAGUCCACCGAGGCAAAGAUCACCUAAAAAAGAUAAAAAUUAUGAUUCGGAUCGGUCUCCUCCUAGAAAAAAUAGUCAAAAAAGAGAGAAGAGAAGAGGUCAUGAUUCGGAUGAGUCACCACCAAGAAGGAAAGAUCAAAGAAGUAAAAAGAAUUAUGAUUCUGACCAAUCACCCCCAAGAAGAGGUCAAGAAAGGAAGAAUUACGAUUCAGAUCAGUCGCCUCCAAGAAAAUCUCAAAAAGAACAAAAAAGAUCAGACUCACCUAGAAAAGGUCGAAAAGAAAGAAGUAAACAUUAUGACUCUGAUGUAUCGCCUCCAAGAAAGAAUCAAAGAAAGUAUGAUUCCGAUCAAUCACCGCCAAGAAAAAGGGAAAAUAGACCUAAAGAAAGAAGAAAACCUAGCCGUUGGGGAGACUGGGAGAAAGAACAAGACUCCGAUAUGUCACCACAAAGAAAAUCAAGCAAAAGCUCAAAAUCUCCAAAAAGACAUUCAAGGUCCCCACAAAGAAAAACCAAGCACUCACGCAGUUCAACCUCACCAAGAAGGAACGAUAAAAUUGAAAGGAAAAGGAAAUCGCCAAGAAGGGGUUCUGAUUCUGAUUUGUCACCACCAAGAAAACAGAAGAAUAAGGAUAAACAGAGAAAAUCGUCAGAUUCUGACUUAUCACCGCCUAGAAAAAAUGGUGCUAAGAAUAGAAGAAACAGUGACUCUGACCAGUCACCACCCCGAAGAAAAAAUGAUAGUCCACCACCAACCCACAAGAAAAUGGCUCGAACACUCGAAGGGAAGCUGGCCGGACUACAAGACGCUGGACAACUGAGGCAGGAGAAUGAAGCGUUCAGGAGGAGAGAGGAGGAAGCCUUUAGUAGGAUGAAUGAUGAAGUGUCUGGGAGAAAUGCGAAGGCGGUGUCUAGGAAGAGUAAAAGAGAUACAUCAGAAGAGAGGCAGAAGCAGAAAGAAAAAGCAGAGAGGCAAAAGGAACUAGACGAGAAAUACAAAAAAUGGAGCAAAGGCUUAAAACAAAUACAAGACCAAGAAUCCCGCGUCCAAGAUUUCAUGCAUGAGGCAUCGAAGCCUUUAGCCAGACAUAAAGAUGACGUCGACCUAGAAAGCAGACUUAAAAACAUCGAGAGAGAGGGAGAUCCAAUGCUGGCUUAUAUGAGAGAGAAGAAGAGGGAACGAGGGGAACUGCCACCAGAACGGCCCACCUACAAAGGCAGUUUUCCGCCAAACCGCUUCAACAUUCGUCCCGGUUACCGCUGGGACGGCGUAGAUCGUUCCAAUGGCUACGAAAAAAGCUUCUUCGAACACCAGAGUAAAAGGCGAGCUCAAGAAGAAGAGGCAUACAAAUGGAGUACGGAAGAUCUAUAAGCGACUUUAUGGUUAGAGUUAUUGAGUGCAUUUUGGAUUGACUUGUUUUAUACACUUAACACUUUAAAAUUCGAUCGUUAUGAGAGCACUGACCUUCUCAAAUCGAUCUUAUAUGUCAAGAUAUAGAGUCCAAUUUCACAUACAAAGGCAAUUUGGAGAAGCCGUAACGGCUAUGAGAAAAGCUACUUCGAACACCAGAGUAACAGACGAGCGCAGAGCGACCUUAUAUGUGUACUGUUAAAGUUCAUUUUAGAUUGACUCGGUUAAGACACUUAUCGGAAAGAUUUUCUACAUAAAAUUAAAUCUUACUUGCACUUUAAUUGGCAUUGACACAGCUAUUAAAAAAAUAUAAGUAGUGCUUAAGAGGGAAGGGGGCGGCCGCUUCUCCGUAAAAACGUAGUCCCCAUUUUCCUCUCCGUAUAUCGACAUUAUGGAAAACGUUUUUACAUAAUUUGAUGUAUAUUUUAGACUUUUUUAGAUUUUUUAAUGAUUGUAAAAAUUGGAGCGAAAUAGUUUUCAUAUAAUUUUUUUAUCAAACUUAGGGGGCAUAUCUGUGGUUGACAUACAACAAAUUGUGUCAAAAUAUUUUCAAAAAUGUUAAUAUCCAGAGAGGAAAAUGAGGACUACUUUUGUAUGAAAAGGCGAAUUCACACGGGUCCUCCACUUUCCUCUUAAUGUUCAGAAAUGUAGCAAAAUUAUAUGUAAGUUUAAUAAUAUCAAUACUUUUAUUUAAAUGUAUGUAAGAGAGGUAUGGGCAUUGUGAAUGUCAUCUCGCUUUGUGUGGUAGGGCACAGCACAGCGGAUGUCACUUCAGAUCUAGAGCAGAGCCCAACUGGGGAAGUACCUCCACCUUACAGAAAACCGCAGCCAAAUAACAAUAGACCUUACUCAUAGUGUUGUUCCUGCCGGUGAGUAAGGUUGCCAGAGCUCAACGAGGGUGCGGAAAGGCUCAACAACGCGCAUGUAGUCUGGAGUUGCAGGCGUCCGUGGGCUACUGUGAUUGCUUACCAUGAGGCAGGCCGUAUGCUUGUUUGCCACCAACGUAGUAUUUAAAAAAGUCCAAGAACAAACAAUAAGUAUCUUAAUUUUGGUAAACAAAACAACAAUAAUACUCGUAUAUUUGGGUGAAAAAAAAAAUCGGUCUUUUUUUUAUACCACGUCGGUGACAAACAAGCAUACGGCCCGCCUGAUGGUUAUCAGUCGCCGUAGCCUAUGAACGCCUGCAACUCCAGAGGUGUUACAUCCGCGUUGUCUUGAUUUUUGUUCUCAAAAAAUGUGACCGAGUGGAGUUUUUUUGUAUGAGAUGAAAUUCCGUUGUUAAUUUUUAUCAUGUAAAAUAUAAUCUACAGUUAGAAAGACAUACGAUAGCACUCGACUUUCUUACUUAUUUGAUAGAAGACAUAGAUACAAGAGUGACAGAGUGGUCAGAAACAUGACAACCAAAAAAAUUUUGAGCCAUUUGCGAAUUGAUAAAUAAAAAAUUACCUACAGUCAGCAAAAGUCAUUAAGCGAGAUGUUAAAAAUGGGUCUCUAUUGUUUCCCAAAACUUUUAAGUCAUAAUGUAUUGUUCGUCCGCAUUUUCGUUAGCCAUAAUUUGGUUUUUCUCAGAAACGCGUAACUCUUCAGGAUUGCCAUUAAACAAAACUAACCUAUCUAUAGGAUAACGUAAGGAAAUUCCUGGAAAGUUAACGGUUUCAGAGUUAUGACUAUCAUUACAUUAUGACUUUCAAUCAUUAUUAUACCAAAUAAAGGAAUCCGGUUCAAAAUUAUACAGUUGAACAGUUAAUUUACCUUCAGAUUUACACACUUCGCCCACUUAACCACUUUUGCUGUUAAACUUAACUGUACAUGGAUAAACUAGAAAUAAAAUAACCUAUAUAUAUAUUUUAUACCACGUCGGUGGCAAACAAGCAUACGGCCCGCCUGAUGGUAAGCAGUUACCGUAGCCUAUGGACGCCUGCAACUCCAGAGGUGUUACAUGCGCGUUGCCGACCCUAUAAAAACUUAUGUAUAAUACUAUAUGUAAAAUGUUCGUGAAAGUAGACCACUGUCAGAUAAUUUACUGAUAAACUUAAAUUUUUUUUUGUCAGUUAAUUACCUUACGGUGUGAAAUAGAAGAUAAAUAUCGUACCUAUAUCGAUGUUAGUAUACUGGUUACUAGCCGAAAACUCGCGAAUUUUGGGUAAAUAUUUAUAUUUGUCUCCUUGCUCACGGGGCAGCACUAAAAGUGUAAAUUCCAUAAAGCGACACUCAAGGGACCGGACGUUCUUUGACGCUAUAAAGAAUUUUCAUUAAAUAGAGAGAAAUUAAUAUUGAAAUAAAGCAACUAUAACCAACAAAUGUCGACGUUAUAUGGAGUUUACACUGUUUAUGAAAAUAGUUCUGUCCCGUGAGCAAGGAGACAAAUCUUAUACUACGUUUCAUGCGUUACAAAAUACCCAAAAAAUAUGACAUAUUUAUUCUAUGAUCCCUUGUCAUUUAGAUCAAAUUGCAUCGUCACAUUUGUUUUUGUUUGUUCAAAAUAUGUUUUUGUUAUUAUAAUGAUUUUGAUAGAUUUUGGGAGAUAACCCAUUUGACCGUAGUGUCCCAUAAUACCAAAGACUGUACGAUAUUAUCCCCAGUCUUCCAAAACUUCUUCAUUUACUUAUCUAUUCAGAAAUAAAGUCAAUAUUUGGAAGACAAUUUUAUGAACCUAAGAGAAUUGAGUCAAUUUCAUCACGUAGAAACUCCACGAUGACCACGAUUUCUAUAGAUUUUUUUAACACCUUAAUAGCAUCAUUUUAUAGAGUAACUAUUUUUUAUUAAAUUAGCAAGUUUCCGUUUUUUUUUUUUAAUCGACUUCAGAAAGUAAUUAUGAAUUUAUACACAUAUAAAAUAUAGAUCUCGGACAGAACAGAUGAAGAAUUCUGGGUGGUAAAAACGUGAUUGUUGCGUCAUUUAGGGUUCUAGUUAAAUUAGACAUUCCAUAGCGUAAAUAUUGAACAACCAUAACCGAGUGCGACUACCUGCACUAAAGAUGGUCCGAUUAAAAACUUGCCUACUUUCAAAAUUUCAUAGUUUUAUAAGUCUCAAUAGUUUCAAAUUUUGCGUCCAAGUUCGCUUAUACCAUAGACAAAACCUGUAAGUUCAUAUUAAACAUGAUAACAAUAAUGAUGGGCCUUCUUUGGUGCAUGUAGGUACUUCAAUUACCUACGCGUAGGCUACUCGAGUUUUUGAAAUUGAUUGGAUGGAAAUGACACAAAUAACCCAAUCCCACGCGGAAGAAGUAAGUCAACAUUCGUUUCAUCCGAGACCUAUUUUCCAUUAGAUUUUUUGAAUCAAUCAAAUUUUUCGUGACCCUGGCGACAACUGAGAUGUAUAGAAUCGUUAAAAAAUAUCAUAUCUAAGUAUCAUGCUAAAGAAAUAUCAAACAAUAAUGUGAAUUAAUUGUAUUAAUAAUGUGGUGAAAAAUAAUGUGGAGUGAGCUAGGAGACAUUAAACGAAACUAAAAAUUUGAUUGACUCACUAAAGAAAAACAACUCGAAAACUAUGUGAACUAAGUAAGUUUACAAUAACUAAAAAAAGAAUUGUCUUAUGAAAGCCUAAGUCCAAUGAUUUGAAAUAUUGAACCUUAUACACGAUAUAUAUAAGGAUAGUUUUUGAUUGGUAUUGUUGAUAUUUUUGAAAUAAUCACUUUGUACGUCGACUGACUUUCGCAAGGUCUUAUGACGCUUUUGCGUUUCGAAACUUUGGUGGUUUGGUUGGUGGACUUUAUGUUGAAGAGAUACGGUUGGAAAUACAAGAGUUUGCGAAAUGCAGUUGAAUUAUGUAUUGAAGUUAGCUACACAAAUAAACAGGGAUUAUGAUGUUGUGUAAAUAAAUGGAAGUUUAAAUGUGAA